AUGAGUGAAGGAGUAUCUAACUCAAAUUAAUAGGAAAACAACGAUUAGAUGAGUAAGAACACAGGUAAAAAAUAAACUGAUUAGUUACAUUAACUAUAAGGAAUAGAUCAGAAAGAUUGUUCUGUUGAAUUAUAAUAGGAGGAAAAAUCUUAAAACAAAUAAUAAGAUUAGACAGAAGAAAAUAAAAUUGUAUAAAUAUCUAACUAAGAUUCAACUGUAAAUCAAUCAGAAGCUAAUGCAAUAACCAAUUAAACACUAGCAUAAUUAGUUAACUAAUAAUAAAAUAACUAAGAUUCAACUGUAAAUCAAUCAGAAGAUAAUGCAAUAACCAAUUAAACACUAGCAUAAUUAGUUAACUAAUAAUAAAAUAACUAAGAUUCAACUGUAAAUCAAUCAGAAGAUAAUGCAAUAACCAAUUAAACACUAGCAUAAUUAGUUAACUAAUAAUAAAAUAACUAAGAUUCAACUGUAAAUCAAUCAGAAGAUAAUGCAAUAACCAAUUAAACACUAGCAUAAUUAGUUAACUAAUAAUAAAAUAACUAAGAUUCAACUGUAAAUCAAUCAGAAGAUAAUGCAAUAACCAAUUAAACACUAGCAUAAUUAGUUAACUAAUAAUAAAAUAACUAAGAUUCAACUGUAAAUCAAUCAGAAGAUAAUGCAAUAACCAAUUAAACACUAGCAUAAUUAGUUAACUAAUAAUAAAAUAACUAAGAUUCAACUGUAAAUCAAUCAGAAGAUAAUGCAAUAACCAAUUAAACACUAGCAUAAUUAGUUAACUAAUAAUAAAAUAACUAAGAUUCAACUGUAAAUCAAUCAGAAGAUAAUGCAAUAACCAAUUAAACACUAGCAUAAUUAGUUAACUAAUAAUAAAAUAACUAAGAUUCAACUGUAAAUCAAUCAGAAGAUAAUGCAAUAACCAAUUAAACACUAGCAUAAUUAGUUAACUAAUAAUAAAAUAACUAAGAUUCAACUGUAAAUCAAUCAGAAGAUAAUGCAAUAACCAAUUAAACACUAGCAUAAUUAGUUAACUAAUAAUAAAAUAACUAAGAUUCAACUGUAAAUCAAUCAGAAGAUAAUGCAAUAACCAAUUAAACACUAGCAUAAUUAGUUAACUAAUAAUAAAAUAACUAAGAUUCAACUGUAAAUCAAUCAGAAGAUAAUGCAAUAACCAAUUAAACACUAGCAUAAUUAGUUAACUAAUAAUAAAAUAACUAAGAUUCAACUGUAAAUCAAUCAGAAGAUAAUGCAAUAACCAAUUAAACACUAGCAUAAUUAGUUAACUAAUAAUAAAAUAACUAAGAUUCAACUGUAAAUCAAUCAGAAGAUAAUGCAAUAACCAAUUAAACACUAGCAUAAUUAGUUAACUAAUAAUAAAAUAACUAAGAUUCAACUGUAAAUCAAUCAGAAGAUAAUGCAAUAACCAAUUAAACACUAGCAUAAUUAGUUAACUAAUAAUAAAAUAACUAAGAUUCAACUGUAAAUCAAUCAGAAGAUAAUGCAAUAUAAUUAAACAACUAAGCAUAAUUUGUUAACUAAUAAUUAAAUAACUAAGAUUCAACUGUAAAUCAAUCAGAAGCUAAUGCAACAUAAUAAUUAAACAACUAAGCAUAAUUAGUUAACUAAUAAUAAAAUAACUAAGAUUCAACUGUAAAUCAAUCAGAAGAUAAUGCAAUAUAAUUAAACAACUAACCAUAAUUAGUUAACUAAUAAUUAAAUAACUAAGAUUCAAUUGAAAAUCAAUCACAAGAAGAUUAAUAAGAGAACUCAUAUUCUUUAUAUAGAUUCGAUGGAGAUUAAGAUUAAGAUUCAUAGAUUAUGGCUAUUGAAGUUUAUAACAGCAUCAAUUACCUAAACACUUUUCUGUAAACUACAUAAUUUUGA